UCACAUCCCAGAGUUACAGGCAGUUUGAAAGCUCUGCUAAGCAACUAUUCUGCUGGACCUUUGGGCAUUCUCUGAGGUGCCACUUAGGAUUUCUUCAGUAACCUUGACCAGGAUGUAGUUCCUCCUUGGCACUCUGCUUCAGGUGCUCUGAGGGUCUGUCUUUCUGAACAACAGCAGCAAAGCAAGCCACGCCAUGGGUGAGAUCAGCCAAGAGGCUGUGGAGAGAUACCUGGAGGACAACCCUCAGUUUGCCAAGGAGUACUUCGACAAGAAGCUGCAGAUGGCAGCGCUGGGAGAAGCGUCAGAGCACAGUGGGGAGCGGGGCGCAGCCAGCGCGUCCUUGGCAGGGCUGUCUCCAGAGGAGGAGUCGGCCCUGUGCCUGGAGCUGCUGCAGGCUGUGCGAGAGGAGGCGGGCAGCGCCGAUCUGGCGGCGCACAUGGCCCUGCAAAGGCUGGCGCUGCUGCUAAGCGCCGACCGCUGCAGCCUGUUCCUGUGCCGGGCCCGCAACGGCACACCCGAGGUGACCUCCAGGCUGCUGAACGUCACUCCGACCUCCAAGUUUGAGGAUAACCUGGUGGUCCCUGACAGAGAAGUUGUGUUUCCAUUGGACAUCGGUAUAGUGGGCUGGGUUGCACACACGAAGACAGCCCUUAAUGUCCCAGAUGUGAAAAAGGACAGCCAUUUUUCUGACUUCAUGGACAAACUAACAGGGUAUGUCACUAGGAACGUAUUGGCAACCCCGAUCAUGAUGGGCAAGGAGGUUCUUGCUGUGGUGAUGGCAGUUAACAAAGUAAAUGCACCUGCAUUUUCCAAACAGGAUGAAGAGGUCUUUUCCAAAUACCUCACCUUUGUUUCUAUCAUCCUAAAGCUUCAUCAUACCAACUACCUGUACAGUGUUGAAUCCCGAAGAAGCCAGAUCCUUAUGUGGUCAGCCAAUAAAGUAUUUGAAGAGCUCACAGAUGUUGAGCGGCAGUUUCACAAAGCGCUCUACACAGUUAGGACAUAUCUGAACUGUGAACGAUACUCCAUUGGACUGCUGGACAUGACCAAGGAGAAGGAAUUCUAUGAUGAAUGGCCAGUCAAGCUUGGUGAAGUUGAGCCUUAUAAAGGUCCAAAGACACCAGAUGGCAGAGAAAUCAUCUUUUAUAAAGUCAUUGAUUACAUCUUACACGGGAAAGAAGAGAUCAAAGUGACUCAGACACCUCCUGCAAACCACUGGACUCUCAUUAGUGGGUUGCCAACUUAUGUUGCUGAAAAUGGAUUUAUCUGUAACAUGCUGAAUGCCCCUGCAGAUGAAUACUUCACAUUUCAGAAAGGACCUGUAGAUGAAACUGGCUGGGUCAUUAAAAAUGUCUUGUCCCUGCCUAUUGUCAACAAGAAAGAAGAUAUUGUGGGAGUAGCUACGUUUUACAACAGGAAGGAUGGAAAACCUUUUGAUGAGUAUGAUGAACACAUUACUGAGACUCUCACGCAAUUUCUUGGAUGGUCUCUUUUAAAUACUGACACCUAUGAGAAAAUGAAUAAGCUAGGAAACAGAAAGGACAUAGCUCAGGAAAUGCUCAUGAACCAGACCAAAGCUACUACUGAUGAAAUCAAGUCUAUUUUGAGAUUUAAAGAAAAGUUAAAUAUCGAUGUGAUUGAAGACUGUGAAGAAAAACAACUUGUCACAAUUUUGAAGGAGGACUUGCCAGACCCAAAGGCUGUAGACCUGUAUGACUUCCGCUUCAGUGACUUCCCCAUUACAGAGCACGGGCUGAUUAAGUGUGGACUACGACUGUUUUUUGAAAUAAACGUGGUGGAGAAAUUCAAAGUGCCCGUAGAGGUUCUUACCAGAUGGAUGUACACCGUGAGAAAAGGGUACCGUUCCGUCACCUACCACAACUGGCGGCACGGGUUCAAUGUGGGGCAGACCAUGUUCACUUUGCUGAUGACAGGAAGACUAAAGAAAUACUACACAGACCUGGAAGCCUUUGCCAUGCUUGCUGCGGCUUUCUGCCAUGACAUUGACCACAGAGGCACCAAUAAUUUGUAUCAGAUGAAAUCCACAUCUCCGUUAGCAAAGCUUCAUGGAUCUUCUAUUUUGGAAAGGCACCACCUGGAGUACAGCAAGACUCUCCUGCAGGACGAGAGUUUAAACAUCUUCCAGAACCUAAAUAAACGCCAGUUUGAAACAGUUAUUCAUUUGUUUGAAGUUGCAAUAAUAGCAACUGACCUGGCUUUAUAUUUCAAGAAGAGAACCAUGUUUCAAAAAAUUGUUGAUGCCUGUGAAAAUAUGGAAACUGAAGAAGAGGCCAUCAGAUACGUAACUGCUGAUCCAACCAAAAAAGAGAUUAUCAUGGCAAUGAUGAUGACUGCAUGUGACCUGUCAGCUGUAACCAAGCCCUGGGAGGUACAAAGCCAGGUAGCACUUCUGGUUGCGCAUGAAUUUUGGGAACAAGGAGAUUUGGAGAGAACAGUGCUGCAGCAACAACCUAUUCCUAUGAUGGACAGAAACAAAAAAGAUGAACUACCUAAACUUCAAGUUGGAUUUAUUGAUUUUGUUUGUACUUUUGUAUAUAAGGAGUUCUCAAGGUUUCACAAAGAAGUCACACCUAUGCUGAGUGGUCUUCAGAAUAACAGAAUGGAAUGGAAAUCCCUAGCUGAUGAGUAUGAGACAAAGAUGAGAGUAACUGAAGAAGAGGUGAAAAAGCAGGAAGAAGGAAACAUGAUCGAAAAAGCUGCAGAAGAUUCAGGAGGUGGUGGCGAUGACAAAAAGUCCAAAACAUGUCUAAUGUUGUAAUAUAAUACAAAUUGUUUUCAAAUACUGUUUCUACUUUUGAAGAAAAACAAAAUAUUCAAAAAAAACUUCAGCAAAUUUCAUUCAGCAAACCAUCAAGUGAUAGAAAAAGAGGAGCUUUGGUGGUGGCACACCUUUCUCUUGUGACUAUCAAGAGAAAAUAUACUGCUAACCUGAAAACCCUGGCGGGUAAAAUAAAGUUCAACAGAAGUGCAAAAUAAGAUGAAAAUGAGUGCAUUUUUUGGUGCCAAUUUGUUUUAAAUUAAAAACAUAUAAUCCUGAUACUAGUCACCAAUUCUUGUUUUUAAGAGUUCUUAUUAUAUUCAUUUGCUAGGGCUACCAUAACAAAAUAUCAUAGACGGAGUGGCUUAAACAACAGAAAUUUUUAUU